CGUUAUUUUCACCGUUGCAAGGGUUGCGUUGCUGUUUUUCUUUGUUUUCGCUCGCUGCGUGCGUGAGCGAGGCAGUUGGCAGGAGAAGGUUGGACCCGUUGCACUUGAUCCAUUUAGGAGUCAGUUGCGCGGAACGAAAUUCACUGCAGGGGAACCUGGACACCGACCAUGAGUGGUUUUAUGGAAAGUGGAAACGACAGGAACAGAUUUAGGAUGUUCAAAGACCGACGCAAUUUCAUUCAACGAAAGAAGGAUGUGGACGCAAUACGAGAGGAGCACCCUUCCAAAGUCCCCAUCAUCAUAGAGCGCUACCCGGGCGAAAAAUUGCUGCCCGUUCUCGACAAAACGAAGUUCUUGGUUCCCGACCACAUUACAAUGGCCGAGCUGGUGAGGAUAAUCAGGCGACGGAUGGAGCUGCAUCCAAGCCAAGCAUUCUUCCUGCUCAUCAACCAGAAUGUGAUGGCGCCCGUGUCGGCCACCCUGGGAGACCUCUACAACGAAGAGCGGGACGAAGACGGCUUCCUUUACCUGACAUACGCCUCGCAAGAAGUCUUUGGCUGAAAAGCGCGCAGUUAACUACUCCCUGUCUCCCCAGCCCCCACAGAGUGUUUAAUAAAGCUAAU